AAGAAGAAGAAGUAGCAGGCGAAACAGCUAGGCUGUUUGCGGCAUUUAAUCGUCGGCUUUCUGCGUCUGUUUUCGUGGAAAACAAAGCCAGCGGCGGGUCCACGAGUUGUUUUUUUGCCUGGAGCUGCGUGGAUCACCUGAGAGGGUGCAGCGUUGAUUUGAGGAAACGCCCAGAGCGUUUCUCCACAGCUCUCCAUCAUGUCUCAGAAUUACCCGUACAGAAAGCCGCCGUCUGACACCGACUUCAGAACUGAUCCCGGGCCUUACAGAUCUGUGGAUUACCGCCACUCCUCAGCAGACCGCGACUUUUACAGGCAGCCACAAGACUCCUUCUCUGUCUCCUCCUCCUGCCCUUCCUCGUCCUCGUCCAGGGGCUCUGGAGUGCUACAGUCAUCGCAGGACAAUGUUCUGAGCAUCCUGAGCAGCUGCGGUCUGGAGCCCAGUGAUCUGGCGCUGCUAGCCGAGCUGCCCGAAGACGUCCUCACUAUUGAGUCUCUGCCACACAUCCUCAGACAGAUCAAAUGCAAGAAAGGGACCGUCAAACCUUUCCCUCCCCGGGCUCCGUCUCCCCCCUCCUCUUCCUCCUACCCUCCCAGCUCCACCCAUCGAUCCGCCACGAGCAGCUCCUCCUCCUCUAGAGACUGGGACCAGCUCCAUCGCACGUCGGUCCAGUACCCGCUGGACGACCUGCCACCACCACCUCCUCCCUCGGAGAAGCUCAUGGAUCGCUGGAAUAAUCCGAUUACCGUGAGCUCCGGCCGAGCAGAGCUGCCACCAUCGUCAUCCUUAUCAUCGCCGUUGGGGUACACGGUGGACUUCCACCACAGGCAGGGCCCCUCUGAUUAUGGUAAGACUGGUCCAGUUCCUUCUUACAGCCCAGCGAGGCGAGGAGAUAGAGCGCCGUCAUCUCGAUUCUCUGAGGCUGGACCAGCUGAUUACAGGUCAUCGGCGCUGGUGACGGCUUCUCCUCUUCCUAGCGAGUACCAGUCCAAACCUCAGGCGAGCCGCCGUGACACAUCCUCCACGAGGAGCAGUCAGUCCUCGCCCUCAAUGCCUACACGGAAAGAAGCUCUGGAUUUCCACGGGAAGGUCCCGCCAUCGUUCCCGUACUCGUGCUCUCUGUGUGAUAUCACUGUGCUGUCGCAGAAGGUUUGGAUUCAGCACGUGACCGGCAGGCACCAUGCAGAUGGACAGCUCAGCCUCCUGCAGCAGUUUCCUAACUGGGACUGCCGCAUGCAGACGGUCCGAAGGGACGAUAAAUCAGAGAAGAAGAAGAAAGAUGGAGGAAAAGGCGCCCCGGCAGCUAGUCAAACAUCGCAGUCAAAUAGCAAGUCGAAGCAGAAGAAGGUAAAGAAGACUUUGGAGAAAGGGAAGGUAGUGUGCGUCAAGUUUCCGUCUCAGUCUGUCGAUGAGAAAUACCUCAGGAAGCUUGCAGAACCGUUCGGGAAGAUCGUCAAGGUCAUCAUGUUUCCGUAUCUGGGCUUCGUGGAGAUGGGCUCCGUCGAUCAGGCCAAAGACUUGGUGAAGUUUCACAGCAAUUAUCCUCCAACUGUGAACGGAGAACAGAUCGAGUUCAGCGUCUCCAACGCCUUCAACUUUCUCCAGAGCUCCCGGGUGGUGAGUUUCACGCCCGCUCCAUCAGGAGAAGAUGGAAAAUCCGACCUGAUCAGUAUCAUCAAACGCUUCGGCCCGCCGCUCUACACCCUGUUCCUGCCAUCAAUGGCGUUCGUUGAGAUGAAGAAUGCCCCUGAUGCUCAGAAGCUGGUGGAUUAUUAUCUGUCCAAGACUCUGAGGAUCAACAAUGACUUGAUCUCUGUCUCCUUCUCUGGAGAGUACAAGACUCUCAUGCGGGUUUCAAAAGCCAAGCGGUACGAAGAAGAGAAUGAAAGUACGAAGAAGAGUACCACCAAGAGGACAAGGAGCUCGAGCCGAGACAGAACGACAGAAAAUAAGAAAAGAAGGUCCAGAUCCAGAGACAAGUCCAGCAAAGAGGAACGGACCAGAACAAGGUCCAAGUCCAGGUCCAGGGAUAAAUCUAAAGAAAAAUCCAGCAGAGAUGCCAAAACUAGAUCUAGGUCCCAAGACAAGUUGGAUAGAAAAAGGAAGAGCAGAACCCGGUCCAGGUCCAGAGAUAAGUCCACUAGUGAGAAGCGGACCAGGACCAGGUCUAAGUCAGGGUCCAGAGAAAAAACAAAAGAAAAAUCCAACAACGAAAGCAAGAAAGGGUCCCAAGAGAAGAAGCGUAGAAGCAGAUCCAGGUCCAGAGACGAAUCGAGAGAAAAAUCCAACAGAGACCAGAAGACCAGGUCCACCUCCAGAGACAAGUCCAGUAGAGAGACAAAAACCAAGUCUACAACCCAAGAAAAGUCAAGCAAAGAAAGAAAAAGCAGAAGCAAAUCCAGAUCCGUGGAAAAAUCCAUCAGAGAUAAGAAAUCCAGGUCUAGAGAGAGAUCCAGCAACAAGUCCUCCAGACAUGACGGAGAAAAGACGGCAGAACCAGAGAAACCAGAUGCAGAGUCCACAUCCAAAGAACAACCGUCUCCUCUCGAAGACUCCAAACCUGAAGUUUCAAACACAGAAGAAGUGGAGGGGGAGGCAGCGUUGCCUGGAGAGGAGAGCGACAUCGAGGGGAUGGAGGUGAUUGCUGAGGAUGGGGAGAAUCUGGCGGAUGACGAUGAGGAGGCUCUGCAAGAGGAAGAGAAAAAAGAGAGUCCUGAAGAGAGAGCACCUGAAAAAGAUGAAGUAAAGGAGGUGAUGGGUGGAGAGCCUGGCAAUGAGGAGAAACCUGUGUCAGAGAAGGAGAUAAAGAAGGAAGAGAAGGAGGAAGUAGAGGAGUCACAGGAAGCGACAGAGACUCCUCUACAGGAGGAUUCGGAGGACUUCCCUGUAGACCUGGAAAACUGCAUCACUCUGGAUGAACUGGAAGAAGAUGACUCUGAUGACCAAGGUGGAGAAUCAGCAGGCGAACCCAAGUCAACAUCGAAAUCCAGCAGGGUUUUUUACUUCGGCCACCUGCCACCUACUUACGCCCUCUUCGACUUCUUCCAACUGCUGAGAAAUUUUGGGAAGGUGGUGCGCUAUUACCUGAUUGGCAAUCGACGAGAGGGUUUCAUUGAGAUGUCGAGUUCUUCAGCGGCCCUGAAAGCUGUUGAAGAGCUCGUCAGCAAACCAGCCAUCCACAACUGCCCCAAACUCAAAGCCCGCAUCUCCACCAAAUACUACAGACUUGACAACGGAUGGGUUGUUCACUCGGAUGGCAGCAAUGACGAGGACAGUCGUAACAGGAAGCGCGAGAAACGAAGCAAAUCCAAGACCUCGGACCGGGACGAGACCGACAGGAGGUCUAAAGGGAGGAAGGAGUCCCCGAAGAAGACAUCAGAGAAAUCAGGCAAAAAGACUCCAGAAAAAGAUUCUGGGUCAAAAAAGCCUCCAGAGAAAGACACAUCAGGGAAAAAGACCCCAAAGAAAGAGUCCACAUCCAAAAAGUCUCCAGAAAAGGACGUCAAAAACACCUUAGAAACGAAAUCCACUGGGAAAAAGACUCCAGAGAAAGAUUUGCCAUCUAAAAAAACUUCAGGUAAGGAUUCUACAAUAAAAAAGACUCCAGCGAAAAAGUCCGCAUCCAGAACGACUCCGGAAAACAAGUCCGCAUCCAAAACGACUCUGGAAAACAAGUCUGCAUCCAAAACGACUCUGGAAAACAAGUCUGCAUCCAAAACGACUCUGGAAAACAAGUCUGCAUCCAAAACGACUCUGGAAAACAAGUCCGCAUCCAAAACGACUCCGGAAAACAAGUCUACAUUCAGAGAAACUUCAGAAGAAGAGUUUGAGUACAAAAAGUCUCCAAAGAGGGAAUCGUUGGACAAAGAGCCUCCAGAAAAGGACCUUAAAAACGGUCUGGAGAAGGAAUCCGCGGGCAGAAAGACGCCUGAGAAAGGGUCAUCGUGUGCAGAGAUUCCAGACAGCGAGACGCUGGAACCAAAAGGAGCUCCUGACAAUAAUUCAGUGCCUCAGACAACUGUGAAGAAAGAACUAAAGGAAGAAAAUACUCAACAAAAUGAGGAACCGGCAGCUGAUAACGCACCACCUGAAAAAGAUGAUAUCAAAAAGGAAACACCACAGACAUUCAAGCAGGAGGAGCAGGAAACACCAAUAGACGUUUGUAUGGAAGCAAGACCAAAUGUGAAAGAUGCAGAGAGUCCAGGUCCACCAGUCUCCUCUACAGAGCCCUCGAAACCACGGCCUGAACAGGACGUGAAGCCCCAGUUUGGACCUGCAAAGGGCGCUGCUGAACCUCAGAAACCCACCAAACCUGUUGGGACGGAGUUCGUGCGACCGGUCGUCGGUUAUUUCUGUAACCUGUGUCAGCGGAUCUUCGCUGAAGAGGAUGAAGCCAAACAGCAGCACUGCAGCAGCCUGUCGCAUUACAGCAAAUACCAGGAGAAGACUGGGAGGGAUCCGUGGACGAGCUGAACAUCUGCAGAAAAAUUGGUUACCUUCAGAUUUUAUUAAUUGACUUAUAUCAGAGCUGAAACGAGACUGAGAUCCCAAACAUGAUUUGAUUUCUGUCUGUACUCCACUGGACUUUGAGUUUUUGUACAAAGAUCUUUUUAAAAAAAAAAAGCUUCUGCUGAAAAAUCAAAAUGUAUAAAUAUUUAAGUUUUAUGUCAUGCAGAACAGAAACUGUAUGUUUGAGAAAGAGUGAGUUGUGACUCUAAAAAGCCAGUUUCUUAGAUUUCUGUUGUUAAGCUCCAGGCUCUCUCCUACUCACGUGCUCUGGUCCUAAAAGGUGUUGAUUGGUCAACCCAGAAGAUUUAGAAACAAACACCAGGUUCAGGUGCUGUUAAAUUAAGAAAAAUGUCUUAAAGAGGCUGUAAUGUCAGAAUAUUAACCGCUCCCUGGGCUCUAAUCUGUUUUUGUCCAAUUGUACUCAUGCCGCACCUUCACAGAAACCAUGUAAUUUAAGAAAAUCUGUGGUGUUGUCAAAUAAAUAAUCUCACAUGAACAGCUGUGGUUUUAUUAUUUUAUUUUUCUAAAACAGAAAACUCCAAACAAAGAGAGACUUACAGUUCAACAUGUCAGCCCAGGAAGUCGUGACACCGCCAUGGAUUUGUUCAAAGGCUAGUUCACGAUCACAGCCAUUGAUCUGUCGCUUCAUUGUUUACAAACGUGACACUGAUGUAGCGGUGAGACUGCGGUAAAGUGAUAGAAAUCGAGCCGUAACUAAAUGGCAUGAGACCGAUGGCGACAGCACAAAACACUGGGUCUUUUAUUUUGAAAAUAACCAGAUUAUAGUGUCUGACAGCCUGGAGCAGAACGUUUCUGAAUAUUUUAAGAUCACGGAGGUAAUCUGGAAUAAAAUCACAUUUUUAUGUGACCUGCGUGAACUCAGGUGACGUGUAGGGGAGAGUCCAUCUUCAGGACGCUGUAGCUUAAUUAUGGGAAAGAUCUGAGCAGAGGGGGAGUUGAGGUCGCCUGAUGAUUCCAUCUGUUGAUCCGAUGUUUUUAGAUGAAUAAAGAAAGUGAUUGACAGCUGUGUAAACACCUGUACCGGUAUCAGGUUUUUUGUUUAGUUUUAAAAUUAAGAUCUUAAACACAGUAUUCCUUUUCCUGACCGUUUAGCUCUUUUAUUGGUUCUUCUUUUGUCUAAUCAAUACCUGCAGAAAUAAAGCAAAAAAAAAAAAGGAGGUGUGGCUACAAACAGCGAGUCUUUCGGGG